AUGUUCAUCAGCAACAAGCUUCUCGCGUUGGUUGUCGCAGCUGUAGCCGUCUCAAGUGGCGCUCACGCCGAUCAAGAGGUGUCCGAGACGUACGGCGGCGGUGGUGGUCUCCCCGGUAUGAGCGGCGGGCUACCGAGCAGGAGCGGCGGUCUUCCGGGCAUGAGCGGUGGUGGCCUGUCUGACUUCACCAAGAUGAUCCCCGGUAUGGGCGGAACCGGUACUGGAACCAGCGGUGGGCUUCCCGGCAUGAGCGGUGGUCUGUCAAGCCUCACCAAGAUGAUGCCGGGCGUCGGCGGAACUGGAAUGGGCGGAGGUUUGCCAGGAAUGGGCGGUGGUCUGUCGGGUCUCAGUAAAAUGAUCCCUGGCGCCGGCAGUACUGGCGGUGGUCUCCCGAAUUUCAGCAACAUGAUCCCUGGAAUGGGCGGGGCUGGAACUAGCGGUGGUCUCUCUGGACUGAGCAAGAUGAUUCCUGGUGCUGGAGGCAAUACCGGAACGGGAGCAUACGGACCAGGAACCGUUCACGCACCGGGCACCGCCACUGGAGCUUCUGGAACCUCUGGCACGACGAGCACAGGAGCCGGUGUGUCCGGCACAACCACGACUGGGACUCCAACGAGCGGUGGUACAGCUAAGACUGCCAGUUCUACAGCCGGUACCUCUGCCGGCACUACAAGUACUGGAACCGGAGCUACUGGUACGGAUGCGACUGGAACAUCUCCCAAAACGUACCGCAGCCUACGCUCCGAAUAAUUACAUUGGGCUCAAGUUUUUGCGUGUGUGAGAAUGGAGGAAGUAGUGAGAUCGUUCCUCUUACUCUUAGUAUUGUUGUAGUAUUGUUCAAGAAAUAAUACAUGUCAAACGUUGCAAA